UGAGCUCUGCCCUCUAAGAUUUUUUGCUUCUAUGUACAUUGCGUGCAAGCAGCUUCUUCCAUUCGUUUUUGGGUAUACGUUACGCCUUGUUGCAUGAAUGAUUCUCAAAAGGAUUCUCAUGUUACUUUCGUUACUUUGCGCCUAGUACUUGUACAAAUAGAAGUACGAAAGUUGCAAAUAAGCCAUUGAGCCAAGAUUGAGGUUAUAAAGAAAUGGAACAAGAAUCAAGGCGUAAAGGGCCGAGGAGUCCUAGUGCAGACUCGGAGGAUUCUUCUCACAGAAGGAGAUCAAGAAAAUAUGAUAGAUCUCCAUCACCAAGAAGAAGCAGAUACAGGAGAUCGCGUUCCAGGGACAGAAGAUCGCGCUCCAGUUCCAGGGAUAGAAGGAGGAAAGACUCUAGCCGUUCGCAGCAAGACUGGAAACAGCAAGCUGCGUCUCAGUCUCAAGCUUCUACCCCGAAUCCAGCUAAUCCUGGCGGUUAUGUUCCAGCAGUUCAUAAUCAGUACCAGGCACCACCACCUCCGAAUACCAGUCAGCCGCCACCCCCUUUGCCAGCUUACAACCAAGGGUACAAUAACUACAAUUACAACUACGGACAAGGCUACGACUACAGUUAUCAGCAGCCGACUAGUUAUCGCAGUGAUUACCCACCACCAAAUUGGCAGGGGAGUCAGGUAGCUUAUAACAAUCAACAACCGCCACCUCCCCCCACAUUAACAUCUCAGCAAGAAUCAUCAAGACCAGUUGAUAGUGGCUCCUCUGGAUUAGUAUCGUCCUUGGCAAGACCAGAAGAUGCCAAGAAAGAAGCAGCAAUCGCAGCUGAGGUAAAGCAGCAAAAAGCAACUUUGGCUAAACAGCGUGAAGAGUAUGUUAAGAAAUCUACUACAUUGCAACGCGAAUUGGAGAUUCUGCGACAACAAUGCGAUGAGAUCGGUAAAGAAGGUGGACGGGAGAAUAACCGUAUUAUAAAAGAAAAUCAAAAGUUGCAGAUUGAGAUACAAAAUAAAAUGAAAUCGAUACACAACGUGAUCGAUAUGCUUACCGGAAUUAUAGGGGACAAAGCUACUGUUGACGAUCUAAAAAGCAAGUUUAAAUUAGAAAUUAACAAACGUUCAAGAAGUCCCAAGGAAGACUUUCCGAAAGGAAAAUCAGAGUCGCCCGACAGAUCAUCGGCAUCCGACUCCGACAAGGAAUCCAAAAUUGAAAGGGACACGAAAGAACGAAGGUCUCCCGAGGAUUCUAAACCUAUGUACAAUUUCGUACAUUAUGAUCCAGAAAUGCAUUGGUGUAAAGUCUGCGAUAUAUUUCCUAAAACGGCAAAGGAAUAUUUGAAUCAUCUGCAUAGCAAUGAGCACAAAGAAGCUUGCUUAGAACGCAAGAUAGUUGAUAUGCCGUGGCAUGAGCGGAAUGGAGAAGGAACGGAAAAGGAAGUGCCCUAUUAUCCUGGACUGCCAACGAAAAGAACACCUAUCAAAGGUUUACAGUUCUUCAGCGCUGCGACAGCAUGGUACUGCAAGCUCUGUGACUCUUGGAUCGGGGAUCUACAUUGCGCGAGUUUGCACCUGAAGUCUAAACAGCAUUCAGAAAAUUAUUCUCACUUUGUCGAGCAAAAUCCACAUUGGGAAACCGAUUGGAUGGCAGAUCGUGAAAAGGCGUUCUCCGAGGAGAAACACAAACAGAUACAAUUGGAAUUGCAGAAGCACAAAGACGAUGAUCCGCCGCCAAAGUCGAAGAAGUCAAAGAAGUCGAAGAAGAGCAAGAAAAAGUCUAAGAAGCGAAGGAACAGAAGCAGCGGCAGCGACAGUUCCAGCGAGUCGGAGAACUCUGACACAGACUCCGACCAGGACAUGUCCAAGAGCAUCCGUGUCGCUAUGCGUAAUAAAAUGAAAGCGUCGACGCAGGCUAUACUGAACGAGGAGAUCGACUAUCAUCGGAUAAAGUUGAAAGGGCACUGGUCGAAAAUGGCGCAGCAUCUGAAUCAGCCGCCAACUCCGGAGCCCCAGCCUGUAGAGACUGACGAGAGACAGUUGUUAAACUCGAUCAGAGACAAAUUGAAAGCGAAACAAGAGGAAGAGAUGAAAUCUAUGAGCAAUCGAAGGUUGAGCCAGGAGAAGACGAUCGAAGAAGAAGAGGAGGAGGAACAGGAGCAGGCUUCUUUCUCCAACAAGUCGAAACCGGAAAGCUUAGAGGCCUGGGGACCGAAGGAACCUCCCAAGCCCUUUUGGAUAAAGAAGGAAGAGGAGAAGCCACAGCCCAUAGCCAACAAGCCGAUCGAACUGCCGAAACCGGAGGAGAUGCCCAAGCCGCAUAUGGGAUUCUGGACGAAGCAGCAAGUUAACAUGACCGUGAAACCGCCUGAGAAUAAAUCCAUAGAAAAGGAAGACGACAGGGAGCGAGAGAGUGAUAGAUACAAAGAUGAUCGGGACAGGAAGUACGACAGACGGGAGGAUAAAUACGAUCGAUACAGCAGUAGGUACGAGAGACGACGGGGACGAGACAGAGAUCGUGAUCGGGACAGGGAUAGGGACAGGGACCGAGAUAGGGACAGGGAUAGAGACAGGGAUAGGGAUCGGGAAAGGGAUUAUUACGAGGAUCGAAGGAAACGGGACAGCAACGAUUCUCCGCGUCGCGAACGAAGCUGGCGCGACAGUCCAAAGAGAAAUUACGACAAAUACGGUAAAGACAGGAGAGACGAUAACUCGUCGAACGACGAGUCCAAGUUCGAGAAGAAGACGAACGAAUCCGCGUCCAAGUCCAAGAAGGGUAGUGUACAGACUAAAAAGUCGGCGCCACAGGUGUCGAAAGGUAAAUUACCUUUCAUUGGCAGAUUACCGUUGUUUAAGAAGAAAGCCGAGGAACCAAAAUUGCCCGAGAAAGAUAUUACCCCACUCCCCUAUCAACAGAGUAAAUUCGAAGAUACGCCGAAAGUUCCCAACGAGAUCAUAAAUCCACCUGGUGUCGUGCAUAUUACCAAGCUUGCAACACCAAUAAAUCUGGGUAAUAAUAAUAACAAUAAUAAUAAUAAUACUAAUACUAAUAUUAAUAUUAAUACUUCUACUACUACUACUAAUAAUAAUAUUAGCAACAGUAAUAAUAAUAAUAAUAAUGGUACUAUUACUACCACAGCAAACAACAAUAAUGCUGGUAGUACAAGCAUUGCGCCUCAAACUACCAAAAAUCAACCAAUGAAAAUACUGGUAGCUCCGCCACCGCCAGUGCUGAAUGAAACGAAACCUACACAGCAGGUAGUCGACAUGGAGAUUGAAGAUCAGUCCGAGGAAACGGUGAUAGAAGAGCCAAUAAUAGAGCAGCAGAAACAGACACCUAGUAUAUCCAAAUUACCUCUGCCUCCACAUCCUCCACCUCCUUUGAACAGACCGCCACCAUCUUUCUCAACUGCGUCGCAACAACAGCAGCAGCCGCAGCAGCAGUCACAACAACAACAACAACAGCAACAGACAACUGUGCAGAGCAGGCCACAAUUCUCUACGAACCGACCUCCACCGCCGUUUAUAACUAAUCCACCACCAUUCGUUCAGAGUCAGCCACGAUUCCCUCCUCACCAACCAGUACGUCCACCGGUACAAAGUCAUCCCCCGUUCAUGGCGAACCCGCCACCGCAGAUGCCUGCUGUCCCUCCUUUCGUUCAGAAUCAUCAGAAUCCACCACCGCCUCCCCUACCGACCGUGGAGAACGCCACGCAGGAUAUUUCCGACAUCCCGGAACCCACUGAGAAACGAACUGACCCAAGUAUUCCUCUGCCUGACGAUCUGCAAGAAGCUCUAAACAUCAUAUUCCCGAAGGAGGAAACGGAAACGAAACAACAGAGUCAACAAGAAAGUAACAUUAUGUAUUCGUCUAUGUAUAGUAUGUUAGGAUGUGUUGGAUACGGGCCAGAAUACAUGGAUCAACCACCGCCUGAAAUUACUCAGGCGGAGACGGAAGUAGAUACUCAACCUGGACCAGACGACUUGAAGAUGUUAGGAAUUGACGAAGGAGAUACAAUCCUAUGAAACUUUUUAUAAAUUCACAAUGCUCUCCAACUCGCGAAUGUUUUUUUGAUAAGGAUCUAGCGUUAAACUCUAAGUCACUUUAACUGUGUAUCCUCUACUCCCGGUCUUUUCUUCAAAACGAUUGUUAAUUGUAAAUUGCUGCAUAAAUAUCACGAUGAACUUUUUGGUGUAAAAUUUAUAUGUUAACUUCGAAUAUUAUAUAACCAUGUAGACUAGUAUCUUAAAUAGGAAAUAGUAAAUGUUUCUCAUUAUACGUCAGCAAUGGAUCAGUUGAUACUAGGAUGUUGCCUUGAUAUUUCGAAGUUUGCGAAAUAUUUACUAUUUUUUAUUAACUAUACUGUUCUCAUUUAAUCUCGAUUGAAGAUGUUUCAAGAUUCUUAUGAAUUUGUAAAAACAAUCAUUAGUGUCAUACAAUUAUUUUUUAUUAACACCCACACAAACACAUAUAUAUAUAUAUACCUUAGGUAUAUAUACUUAAAUUUAUGUACGAGUAUUAAAAACACCAUUUUAGAUAUGUAAGUAAUCAGUCUUUUAGUUCUCUGAAACAGAUUUGGACGUUAUUACAAGCAGCAUAAAUACUGUGUUUAGAAAACGAAUUUGAAAUGUACAUUUGAUUUAUGAAUAAUAUUCCAUUAAUAAAUGACAAAAUUACAUGAAA